AUGGAAAAUGAUUUAAUAAAGAUUACAACAAUUGAAAUAAAUCCAAAUGAAAUGCACAAUAUUUUAAAACAAAUAUUGGAUAUAUUUAAACAACAUGUUUUAGUAUUUUAUUCAACAGUUAAACGUCUUGAAAAAGUUGAACAAACAACAAAUGAAUUAAUUGAACAAAUGAAAGAUAUUAAUUCGAAACAAAAUAUUACUGAUGGUCUUCUCAUAGCCAAUGAAAUUGCAAGACAUUCAUCAUGGGAGAAAGUCUGUGAUAGACUUGCUGCAGUUGAAGCAGAAAUUGAUGAUAGAGCUUUAGAUGCCUCAGAAAAAGGUUUAACAAUUCCAUAUGAAACUUUAUAUAAAGAUUUAAUUAAUUAUUUACAACCUUGA